GCCGGCUGUCUCGCUCCGCAGCCCGAGUGAGCGCCGCCGCUCCUGCGCCUCGGAAGGGCAGCGGGCCCCGCCGCCGGCCCCACCCGAUGGCGAGGCUGCGGGACUGCCUGCUCCGCCUGACGGUCACGAUCCGGUCCCUGCUCUUCUGGUCCCUGGUCUACUGCUACUGCGGGCUCUGCGCCUCCAUCUACCUGCUCAAACUUUUGUGGAGCAUCGGCAAGGGACCCGCUCAGACCUUCCGGAGGGUCGCCCGGGAACACCCUCCCGCGUGUUUGAACGACCCCUCUUUGGGUACCCACUGCUACGUGCGGAUCAAGGAUUCGGGGUUAAGAUUUCAUUAUGUUGCUACUGGUGAAAGAGGCAAACCACUUAUGCUGCUGCUUCAUGGAUUUCCAGAAUUCUGGUAUUCUUGGCGUCACCAACUAAGGGAAUUUAAAAGUGAAUAUCGAGUUGUAGCACUUGAUCUGAGAGGCUAUGGAGAAACAGAUGCUCCCAUUCAUCGAGAGAAUUACAAAUUGGACUGUCUAAUUACAGAUGUAAAGGAUAUUUUAGACUCUUUAGGAUAUAGCAAAUGUGUUCUUAUUGGCCACGACUGGGGGGGAAUGAUUGCUUGGCUAAUUGCCAUCUGUUAUCCCGAAAUGGUGAUGAAGCUUAUUGUUAUUAACUUCCCUCAUCCAAAUGUAUUUACAGAAUAUAUUUUACGACACCCUGCCCAGCUGUUCAAAUCCAGCCAUUAUUACUUCUUCCAAAUACCAUGGUUCCCAGAAUUUAUGUUCUCAAUAAAUGAUUUCAAGGCUUUGAAACAUCUGUUUACCAGUCACAGCACUGGUAUUGGAAGAAAAGGAUGUCGAUUAACAACAGAAGAUCUUGAGGCUUAUAUUUAUGUCUUCUCCCAGCCUGGAGCAUUAAAUGGUCCAAUUAACCAUUACCGAAAUAUCUUCAGCUGCCUGCCUCUCAAACAUCACAUGGUGACCACUCCAACACUCCUACUGUGGGGAGAAAAAGAUGCAUUUAUGGAGGCUGAGAUGGCUGAAGUCACAAAGAUUUAUGUUAAAAAUUAUUUCAGGCUAACUAUACUGUCAGAUGUCAGUCACUGGCUUCAGCAAGAACAACCUGAUAUAGUGAACAAAUUGAUAUGGACAUUUCUGAAGGAAGAAACAAGAAGAAAAGAUUGACUUUUCUGUGUCUUCUAUGAGGGAUCUGUAAUGAAAUCUCUAAAUAAUUUUUAAUAAUUGUUCAUCAACCUCUUUAAGCUUAUUAGGAAAAAAUUGUUUUAAUAUGCUUUAUCAUAAGUAUCCUGACAAAUCAUAUUGAAAAAAAUCUGAGAAUGUGUGAACUUGUAACAUGAUAUCAAUUUUCUUCUGUUGAAUUUUGCACAGAAAAGCAGCUGCCUUAAAAUGUGUGCAAUAGUACAAAAAGGAAGUUGGGGGAAAUGGCUCAGUUUUGGUUUCUUGCAUUCUUUGCCCUGUUAACAUCUGGUGCCUUUUACAAAUGUAAAUUAAAGAUUAGCUGUGCCAUAUCUUAAAAAAAGGUAAACCUGCAAUGGUAUAUAAAUUUUCAUUUUAUUGUUGAAAAGUUCUUUUUACUAUUUUUCAACCAUUAAAAAAUUCUAUUGUCAAAUCUCUUGGAUUUAUAGUAUAUUUAUUAGUUUGAAGGCAAAUAUGACUAGAAGAAUAUGCAUUUUUAAAACAGGCCAUAAUACUACUUAUACUGGAAAGCUAAUAACAGGUGAUGUAGAGAUUCUCAUGUAUACAUACAUAUGUAUUAAACAUUGCAAAGUAGAAAAGCACAUCCAACAAAUUACUUGUCUAAAUCUUC